GGAGUAGUAGGAUUUGUGGGUAAACGGAUCGCACGGAUUUCUUCAGUAGCCACUGGAGAGUCGCGGCGUCGAGACACGCGCGCGAGUUUGUGCCGAAGAAAUAUUUUAUAACACAACAGAGAGAGAGAGAAACAUUAAGGAUUUGUAAACGAAUGAAUAAAAUCGCAACAACGACGCAACUAUUAUCUUAUAAUUAGAUAAUCAAACUACAUUGUGACCAAAAAGUUUAAAGUAAAUAAUACACAAAAAAAAAACAACUUUUGUUUUAUAGUUUAUAAGUGUGGAUAUGUGCGAGUAAUUUGUAAACUGUGUCCCGAAUUACGAUGGAACCCGGUGUGAUGGGUAUUAUCUUGAUGUACCUACUGUUGGUAAUGUCGAGUAGGUCAUGGACAAUGGAAUACAAUUUUUCCAACAAAUGCCCAGGACCAUCGGAUCGAGGUCCAUGCAACCUGAAAAUAUACAAAUGGGCGUACGACGCAAAGACUGAAACCUGUUCGAUGUUCGUGUGGGGUGGAUGCGCCGGGAACGAUAAAAACCGCUUCGACUCUGAACAUCAGUGCAUCAAAAGCUGCAUAAAACCCACAGAAAUCAUUGCUGCAAAUCCAGUUCCAAUUCAACAACGAGGACCUCAAUUGACCUUCCUCGAAACGGGCGAUCAAAGUACAUUCAUGUUUGCACAAUCGAACACCUUCAUACAAAUCGAAGGCGACAUCAUACAGACGUUCCAAUUAAGGCUGUGUCGUCAAAUUUCCUUUCAGUUUCGCACAAGACUUCCGCACGGUCUUCUCGUCUAUCAUAACGUAAAUGCUCCGACUGAAGUACCGAUUCUUCCGUACGCUCUCUACAUAAUAGUUGAGCAGGGACGGCUGAAAGUCGUGCACGUUUAUGGCUCGAAUUCCACGACCCAAACAAUUGGACAAGCACUGAAUCGCGAUGAAUGGCAUUCCGUGACGGUGCGCAUCGACGUGAACAUGGGUCGACUCAUCACGAUAGUUGAUGAUCUAAAAGUUGAAACCAAAAUAAAGGGAUUGCACGGAAAACAUAAUUACGGAGUUACUGAGAAUGUUACUUCAGGUGUAUUUGUUGGUGGCUUGCAUCCAGAGGAAACGAACGUUUUACCAGGGGUAAAAUAUAUAAUUGAAUCGUUCAUUGGAUGCAUCAAAGACAUAGUUUUGAGCUAUGGAAAAUCUGCUUCUGAAUUGUUACCUAUUACACCAUUAGUGGCAACGAAGCACGAAAACGUACAAGAGGGUUGCGUGAACAAAUGCAAAACAAAGGAUAAUUUGUGCUUCGAAGGGUCUACGUGCAUCAACCAUUACAGAGGGAUAACGUGCGACUGCUUUGGAACACAAUACGAGGGCGAAUUCUGUGAUAUUUAUUCUACGACAGCUUUAACUCUAAGAGGCUCUUCAUACGUAUCGUACCGAGUGUACGAUUGGAAAGAUCGUGUACAUUCAGCGGUCAAUCGAUUUUCAAUGAUGUUCAAGACGAGAUUCGAUGAUUCCGUUCUUUUCUAUGCGGCAGGAGGCAACGAGGAUAUAGAUCAUUAUAUAGCAGCAUCCAUCCAGAACAACUUUAUUCACGUGGAGAUUGACUUCGGCAAUGGAUCUAUAGACACUGUGCUUGGUCGCACAGCAAACUUUGCUGAUUGGAACCAUUUAAUUAUCGAACAUGAAUAUAACAAAAUCCAUUUGAUGUUAAACGACGAAAAGGUAACACUUAACAUUACCGGUAACUCCAUGUUGCACAUUGACCCAGAGAUCUACAUCGGAGGAGGUCCUGAAUUGCACAAGAAAAGAGGUCUUCAUUCCUCCAACAAUUUCGCUGGUUGCAUCAAACACGUUUUUUUCAACGACUUUUCUAUCAUCAACGAACUGCACAAGUUGAACCCCAAAGUACAUUACAUCGGCAUUUUGAGGCCGGAAUUCUACGAAACUGACGUCAAAGUUAUCCCUUUAACAUUCCCAUUCGCAUCUUCUUACAUUUGGUGGCCUAACGAUCAAAACCAUCUUCUUCACAUUAAGUUCGAUUUCAAGAGCAGCAGCAACCUGAGCGUCUUAGCUUCAACCAUCUCGAUGACAACGGGGAUCUAUUGGGAAAUCCGUUUGGUUAAUGAUGAAAUCCGCUUCGAACUGUCGCACAUCAACAACAACUCGACUUACUUAAUAAGCCUCAAGCAAGCUCACGAUAGGAUUUGGCACAGCGUAGACUUAAAGUACGAGAGCGAAAAAUUAUGGAUACAAGUCGACAAUAAAUAUAGAGAGGAGACGAUUAAAAACGUGUACUUCGAGAUUGGGGAUAAGAUCAUGAUUGGCGGAGGUUCUAAAAUUAAGACAGGUCUCGUUGGAUGCAUGAGGAACAUCGAAGUUAACAACAUUAAAGUCGAGCCCAGAUCAAUGCUGCAAUCUGAGAGAAUGUCCGGAGAAGUCACAUUGGAUGAUUGCAGGUUCGUGGAUCCUUGUAAGAGGCCCAACACAUGUGAGCAUGGCGGAAAAUGUUCCGUGAAGGAUGACAAAUUACUUUGCGAUUGUACCGGUACGGGUUACAUUGGUAAAAACUGCCACUUCACCAAGUAUCGUAAGACUUGCGAAGAAUUGGCACUUCUGGGCCAUACGAAGGACGGAGUGUACGUGAUCGAUAUAGAUGGAAAUGGUAGAUUCCCACCUGUUCACGUGAGCUGCAUGUUCCAAACUGAACAGGCUUCAACGAAAACCGUGGUGGAGCACAACUUGUUGAGUCAAAUGGAUGUUAGAUCUACGAAAGAGAGAGAUUUCAGCUUUAACAUCAAAUAUAGAGAAUUCAGCGCUGAUAUGCUGCAAGAGUUGAUCUCGCAUUCUUUGAACUGCAGUCAACAGAUCCAGUACGGUUGUUUGAACGCUCCGUUGGAUUUGCACACUUCCACGUGGUUCGUGAGCUCUGCCAACAAAACCAUAGAUUUCAUUGGAGAAGUUAAGAGAGGAAGAUGUCCUUGUUCCAUUGGGAAGCAAUGUGAUAAUGCAACGCAAUGGUGCAACUGCGAAAAUUCAGUAGAUAACAAAUAUUUAACUGAUGAGGGAUACUUUACAAAGAGCGAACACCUUGGGAUUACUGAAAUGUUUUUCCUGCAACAACCAAAUUUACCUAAUAACGCUUUAGGAAGAAUUACUUUAGGACCAUUGGAAUGCUUUGAAACUAAUACUCAAAAAUACGUGGUAAUGUUUACGACUAGUGAAUCUUAUAUAGAAGUCCCUGGAUGGAGGAAAGGAGAUUUAGCGUUAUCUUUCAGGACGACUGGAAAGAAAGCCAUUUUAUUGUAUCAACCACCAAUAAGACCAAACUAUCCAAGUUUCAUGGUCGCUUUAACCAAUGAUCGCCAAUUGACAUUCAACUUCACGUUAAAUACUAGAGUAUCCAAAGAAUUGGUCAUAACUUCAACAAAACCAUUGAACGGAGGAGAAUGGCACAAACUGUGGAUAGAUUACAACACCUAUCACGUUAGGUUCAUGAUCAACGAAGAACGCGCUAUGUACAAUUUGGAACUUGAAGAGCAAUUCGGACCGUUCGAAGGCUCCAUGUUCAUUGGAGGCGCUCCAGUUUUCUUGCAUCCAAAAUCUUCAAUAUCGCAAGGUUUGAUAGGAUGCUUCAGAGGUUUGGUGGUUAACGACGAAGUACUAGAUAUAUACAGUUACAUGAGCGUUCAUCUGAACGAAAUAAAGAAAGAAUGCAAACCAUCUUGCGUUCCAAACCCUUGCAAGAAUGGAGCCCAAUGCAAAGAACUGUGGAAGACUUUCGAGUGCAUUUGUCCAAACACCUGGGCCUACAAAGGGGUUUACUGCGAAACAAAUAUAAAUAAAAAUGCGAUUACUUUCACUCAUCCCGAAUCUUACCUGAAGAAGAAUUACCUCGGCACCGAUGAUUUAGAAGAAAAAUCUUUGCUGAGACAAAUAUUCGAUAAUAGAGUGUUGAUCAAUCUGCGUACUUACGAUAUAACAUCGCUGAUUAUGUACGCUAAUGAUCAUUUGAACAACUUCGUUCAUUUAUACUUGGAAAACGGAACAAACGUAAUCUACUUGUUCAAUUAUGCAGACACGAUCUAUAACAUUACAGUGGAAAAUUCGGAAUUAAACAGUAGCCAGUCCAUACAAAUUGUGAUUGAGAGGAAUCCGGAAAACACAACUCUGCACGUAAACGACAGAAACAAUUCAAUACCAAUUGGUGUUUUGCUCUUAAAAGACUAUCUGAACAAACCAUGGAAGAACCCUGAGAAAGAGGUGUUGUCUCCUCAAAGACCCCCAGCUCCACCAACGGAUUACUUCGAAAUAAACUUAGGUGGUUACGAUGAAGAAACCUUGACGAAAGUCUCAAGUUAUCCAUCAGACUUACCAGGAUACGUAGGUUGCAUUCGCGGGUUGCAGAUCGGCGAGAAAUUGAUCGAUUUACCAUCUAAGAUCAAAGAGAGCGACAGGGGAAUGGGGGUGAAAGCGAAUUGCAAUUUGAAGUGCGACAAUUCACCUUGCAAGAACGGUGGUAUUUGCAUAGAAGAUUUCCGUAACCAAGAGCAUACUUGUGAUUGCGAACUCACCAGUUAUUAUGGUGAGCUCUGCUUGGAUGAGAAAGGUGCAGAAUUCAGCGGAGAAUCAAUUCUAUGGCGAGAGUACGUCUUAAAUGGUUCCGUGGAUUACGUAAAAGCGCAGUUAGCAUUUUCAACAGCAGAUGUUCGCCAAAAGAAUACAGCUCUGCUAUUGUUAAAAACAGAAACUAGUCGAAGAUACUACCUGUUGUUUGCUUUGACCGCUGAAGGACAUUUGGUCAUUAAAGAGGAUAGAGAAAACUAUUUAUAUGGAGCCAUCCUCGAAAUGGACUUCAUCAACGGGGCAAGGCAUUCCAUCUAUUACAAGAGACAAGGUGAUGUGUCGGAGCUUCUGGUGGAUAAGGAAGCGGUGAAAAUGAUGAAAAUGGAGAUGCCUUCUUUCAGCAAAAUCCCUGAAAUCGAAAACAACGAAUUGCAGAUCGGUGGUCACAACACCAGCGAUCCCAGAUUUACUUCGUACAAAUACUACAGCGGAUGUUUAUCCAAUGUAUUCGUGCAAAUCAACAACAACAUCAUGAAACCAUUGGAAGAGUACAUGUUCUUUAUAAAAGUAGAUGAGAACGUGAGUGUUUCAAACCCUCAAGGAGUUCGCAGCACGCAAUGCAAUUCGUUCUUCGAUGCCGACGACACGAACAGAUCCACGGACAUGACUUACAUUCAGGGGCAGGACAAAACUUGGGUCAGGGAAACACCUCACAGAAUUCCUUACGAAUCAAGUUACAAAGUGGUCAAAGACGAGGAAGGAAGCGAAAAGAUGAUCAUUAUUAUAUUAUCAGUGGUGUUAGCUGUAAUAGUAAUAGGAGCUUACUACGAAGUUUACAGAAGCCACAAGCAGUAUAUACGAAGGAAAGAGAUGGAAACGGAUGCGAGCAUUUUCUGGUCGAAAGAGCAAGCCUUGAAACUGCAGCAACCGUCUAUAAUAAUCACGGACGACAUUCUGGAUAAACCCAUAACGAAUGGAAAUUACAAAGGUAAUUACAUCACGAACGAGAUUCCGAUCAUCACAGAGAAACCGGUAUUGGAUCCGAACAAGAUCAAUCAGGAGAAGAGGAUCACUUUCAGAGAUAGCGGAAGUGAAUUGUCUUGGGAUUUACCGGAGAACACGGAACUGCUGAGCGUGUGCGAGGAAGAGGAAAUCGGGUCUUCGGAUGAAGAAGACCAGGUGGAUCGUAAUAAACGCGCAAUCAACGGGGAUUAUGUUAGCGUUAGACAAGAUCAACUAGCGAACGAUAAUGCACAAAGGUUACGAUUGAGACCAGUGUUUCUGAAUCCGAAUCAACGGAGGUACGCGAAUCCCAUAAGUUACUUGGGUGGACCAAUCCUAUCGGAUAGAGCCAGAUCCAGUUUGGAGAGCGUCCUCUCCGUCGAUUGAGUAAAACUUAAACGAUCAUCAUCAUCAAAGUCGUCAUCCUGUUUUUUGUGAUCUUAAUUUUAGUAUUAACAAAGUAUUGUGUCAUAUUUUAGAUCAAUAGAGAUGCUAGUCACAAAAUAAACAAUUAUUUUUUUCAACAAUUCAAGAUGGAAUUUGAACUGAUUUAAUCAAAACUCAUCUUAAAAACUAAUCAUCAAGUAAUUGUAUUACAGUUUUUCAAACA